CAGGUCACGGGCGCCUCGCAGCACUGACUGACAGCCCUGUGAGCAGCAUUCCUGCUUCUCGAAGCUUGCAAGCAAGCCCUCACUGAGGUCCAUGCUUCGGGGGAAUCUCGCGGCGGCGUCCCAUGGUGGAUUUGCCUGUUCGCCAGCCGCAAAACUCUGCUGUUGAUGCUCGAUCUACAAAUACGAGCCACGGAUUCUCGUCCGUGCAGGUGUCUACUAGAAGGCUUGCUGGAUCGCCGAACAGCUGCUCUUCGGUGUCAUUCGGACCUCGUCGUUCCUCGUCGUUCUCGUCACCUGCUGCGCUUUAGUUCCUCCGUGCCAGGCCGUGCUUCUAAGCAAGUCAGAGGUUAACCUUCUCGGUCGGUGAUUUUUUAGUCGACUCAAAAAUCGUGCCAGGCCGUGCUUCUAAGCAAGUCUGAGGUUAACCUUCUCGGUCGGACCGAUCAGCGAUCAGCCAUGGAUAGGCCUUUCUCGAUCUUCCGCGUCCUCGGAAUGCUAGCUUGGUUCCUGUUGAUAGCUUUACAGUUCGCGUCUUACACUGAAAGCGAAGGAAUCACUAACGAGGACAAAGCCAGUUCUGCUAACGCGACAGCUUUCCCGAAAGAAGCCUUGCCCACUGCGUCGGGUUACCUGAUCGUUAACGAAACCACGGGUGCGAAGAUGUUCUUCGCAUACUACGAGGCAACCGAGCCGGAUUCGGAUCAGAAGGAUACGCCAAUCAUCCUCUGGCUUCAAGGCGGCCCGGGCUGUUCCAGCAUGAUCGGAAACUUCUACGAACUCGGCCCUUAUCGAAUCAGCGAAUCGCUCAAUAUCGAGCCAAACCCUGCUCCCUGGAAUCGUCGCUACGGUGUUCUAUUUAUAGACAACCCCGUUGGCACGGGUUUCAGCGUAGCGCCUUCAGAUGCGGAUAUUCCGCUAAAUCAGGAUGACGUGGCAAAGGAUCUUUACACCGCCCUCCGAUCAUUCUUCAAUCUUUUCCCGCCAUUUCGCCAGAGGCCGUUUUUUCUCGCAGGGGAGAGCUAUGCGGGGAAGUACGUCCCCGCUUUAGGCUUCUUCCUUAUGGGGAAACUCAAUAAAGCGGAGCAGCAGCUGCGGCAGCGUCUGAGGUUUAAGCGCGACGGCGAAGGCGGGUUCAGGCAUCCGUUCCGCCUGGACGGGCUUAUAAUAGGUAACGGGUUGACGCAUCCGCGUACGCAAGUGCAGGCGCAUGCUGAUAUCGCGUACAGCGCGGGAUUGCUGGAUCAGCAGCAGCGGCAGAAGGCCAAGGAGUGGGCGGAAAAAGUUGUGGCGCAUAUUGACAAGGAGGAAUGGCAGGAGGCGUUUCAGGAGCGGACUAACCUCGUCAACUGGAUCCAGAACGUGAGCGGCAUAGCAACGCCCUUGGACAUCCGGCGAACCCGCGCCUACCAUCACAACAAGGACAAGCAGGAGUACCUAGCUCUCUACCUCAACCGCCCGGAGAUUAAAGACGUCCUUAAAGCCGACCCGGCCAUCACCUGGGUUUCCUGCAGCCCCCGCGUGCGCAAGCACAUGUCGAACGACACUAUGAAAUCCACCAAGCACCUCCUAGUAGACCUCCUAAGCCGCGUCCCGGUCCUUCUAUACCAGGGGAUCUACGACAUUAAAGACGGCGCGGCGUGCUCGUUAGAAUGGAUGCGGGAGAUCGAGUGGGAGGGUAUGGAGCGGUUCUGGGCGGUGGAGAGGCGGUUGUGGGAGGUGGAGGGGGAGGUGGCGGGGUAUUGGCGGGAGCAUGACAUGUUGACGCACGUGGUGCUGCAUGGCGCGGGGCACGAGGUGCCUGCAGAUCAGCCACUCUACUCGCAGCGCAUGAUUGAGACGUGGAUCACCAAACAGCGCGCCGCUGCCAGGAAAAUAGAGUUUGUGUCGGGGGAGGUGUUUUCUGACGAGGAGGUCAGGGAGGCUUUAUCCGAGCAGGCUCUAUCUGCCCAGCCCGUGGCUGGUCAGGAAGGCUCCUCGCCUGCAAGUGUGGGGGUUGGGGGGGGAGGGGCGGAGGAGGAGGGGGGAAAGGGCGGGGAUGACUAUAUGGGGGCGGUGAUGGGCGAUUUGAUGAAGGGGUUCGUGGAGGAGAUGGAGAAGAGAGGCGUGGAUUGGAGCAAAGUGGGGCCCAAUGGGGAGGGCUUUGAGUUCGACGGGUUCGAACCUGAGUGGUUCGAGACAGGCCCAGAGAAGGAACCGCAGGACGGGCAGGAGGAGGGGGAGGGUGAGGGGGAGGAGUUGGGGGAGGAAGAUGGGGGGGAGGAGGAUGGGGGGAGGAGGGGGGAGAGAGUGGGGAGGAGGGGGAGGAGAGUGGGAAGGUUGAUAGGAGAGGGGAGGCAGAGGACAAUGAGCGCGAUUUGUGAUGGGUGAUUUGAUGAUGGGUCUUGUGGAGGAGGUGGAGAGGAGAGGCGUGGAUUGGAGCAAGGCGGACCCCAACGGGGGGAGGACUAAGGCUUUGAACCCGAGUGGUUUGAGUCGGACCCCGAGUCGGAGGGGGGGCAGGAGGAAGGCGAGGGGGAGGAGGGGGGAAGGGGGGGGAGUGGGGAGGAGUUGGGAGAGAGUGGGGAAGUGGAGGGUUGGUUGGGAUGGGGGAAGAGGGAACAGGUGUGAACAGGAGUGAAGAGUUGGAGGGGGUGGUUGUGGGAGAAAUGGGGGGGGGCUGUGAAUGGUGCGAGAUUUGUGAGCGGAAAGGGUGCGAGCGAGCGACAUUUGUUGCCGGAGAUUGUUUCUUCUGAGCCCUGUGCUAUUGAAAUCUCGUCAAAGCGCUGCUGACUCCAAAUCUGAGUCACAGGUUUCAGAUCCAAAGGCAGUUGCGUGAAUGUACAUGGAUGGAUACCUAGUACGGUAGGUACCUACUUGGCAACUCUCACUAAUGCCAGCCUUGCUGCCAGUGCUUCUCAAACUCCUCUACCAACUCAUCGUCUGCACAGCCUGCUGCUGUCACACCCUCUACAGCCACGCCCUCUAGGGUCACACCCUCUACGGUCACGCCCUCUAGUGCCACCAGAUCCGAUUGCAUCCAAUUGUCCAGGCCAGCAUCGUCUGACUCGGCAGACGCAGCGGCAGCAAUCUCCUGCAUAUGGUUCACCACAGCUCGCCACUCCUCUUCCUCCGCCUCCUCCCUGUUCUCUCCUUGUUCUUGCUGCUCCACUCCGACAUUGCUUGUCCUGCUCCCUCCAAGGCUGUUGUUUCGUGAGCUGAGCAGCAGCUCGGGGCGACCGCUUGAGAAGUCAAAUAUAUCCCCUAUCAACUCCUCCAAACCGCUCACCACCACCCUCUUGGAAGUUGGUGUUUCCAGCAGCGAAUCCCUUCCACCUGCCGCCCCCAGCGCCCGAGUGAAAUCAUGCGCGGCGGGGGAGAUCUCGAGUGUGUGACCACCAAAAGAAGCCCCCCCAGGGUUAGCCGCAGCCGCAAAUGCAGUUUCGCUUGAAUCAAUUGCCAUUAAGCUCAUAGACGCACUCUCGUCUCCAACCCGUUCCUCCUUCAGCGCAUCCUGCUCCCUUCCCUCUGCACAUCCCUCCAGUUGUGAACCUCCCUCCCCCACACCAGCCUCCCCCUGCUCCUCCCCCCUCUCCCUCGCACCACGCCUCUGCAGAAGCCCAUGUGACCUUUUCCUCGU